AUGAGCAUUAAUUCCAACAAAGACCUCUCAAUUUUGAGCAAAGAUGAGCAAGAAUUCUUGUGGUCAUUGUAUUUCGAUUGCGGAUACGUUCUAGGUAACGUUUUCCGGACAGUCUUAGAGCUUAAGGUGUUUGAGAUAAUCUCGAAAGCCGGUACAGAUGCCGAGCUCUCCCCGGAAGAGAUUGCGGGUCAACUUCCAGCUGGCCGACAUGAAGGUACGUCGGCGAUUCUUGACCGGAUGCUGCAUUUUCUGGCAAGCUAUUCCAUUCUGAAAUGCACCUACAAGAAUGAUAAUAAUAAUGGAGGUGGAAGUACCACUAGAAGAUUAUACGGGUUGGCUCCUCUCUCUAAGUUUCUUGUACCUGAUCACGAGGGAUUCUCUAGGGCUCCACCAGCUGAAUGGUUUAAUGACAGGGCUCUCAACCUUGGUUGGAGUUACUUGAAAGAUGCUGUGGUAGAGGGAGGAACUCCAUUUAAUAAGGCAAAUGGAAUGAAUAUGUUCGAUUACUUGGCACAAAAUGACAGCAGCAACAGGGCUUUUAACGACGCGAUGCUCGCAACUUCGACACUUUGGUUGAGUGAAGUCCUUGAUUCCUACAAAGGGUUCGAGAAUUGUAAAGAGAUAGUAGAUGUUGGUGGAGGGUAUGGAUCUACACUUCAAAUGAUCAUUUCUAAGUACCCUUUUAUUAAAGGGGUCAACUUUGACUUGCCUCAAGUCAUUAGAAACGCUCCACCCGUGCCAGGUGUACGACAUGUGGAGGGUGAUAUGUUGGAAUCAGUUCCUCAGGGUGAAACAAUGUUAAUCAUGCGUGUGCUUCAUAAUUGGACGGAUGAGCACUGCUUGAAGGUACUGAAAAACUGUUGGGAAGGAUUGCCUGAAUCUGGGAAAGUGAUAGCUAUUGAGAUGAUACUUCCUGAAUCCUCAGAAACCGAGAUUUCUUCAAGGAUCGCGUUGACCGUCGACUUAGUCAUGUUCAACGUACAUCCGGGAGGGAAGGAGAGGACAGCUAAAGAGUUCGAUGCUUUAGCGAAAGGAGCUGGUUUUAUAUCUUCCAACGUUGUUUGUCGAACAUCUCUGUUGUCCGUGAUUGAAUUUUACAAGUCCUAG